CUCAUGUUCGGCAUAUCCCGAGCGAGUGCCUCUUGGGUGUUCCUCGCGAUGCGCAAGCACACUGCUUAGCAACUGACCGUCUCUACAGCGAUAUCAACCCUGACGGUCUUCCCCGGCUUCCCAGUGACAUCUACGGCGCUCGUCGUACCUCUGCGUCCCACAAUAUUUAUUUAUGCGGAUCGUCACGACCUGAGGUGGCACCGCCGUUGAACCGCAUGGAUUUGUUUAGGUUACUAAUCUUAGCCAGACCAAUCAAAGGAAGAUGAUUGUUCUUUUGUAUUGCUAAGUCUAGUACUAUGAAUUCUCAUUCUUUCGGUUUUGUUACGGUUGUUUCUGCUAUGUUUUGUGUGAUAUCAGUCCUCCUUUACAACGAUUACGACUCCUGCUCUGUGUUUUCGCUAUGUUUUACCUAUGCUCUCGUUUAUAUAUACAUUCUCGCAUCUCGUAUGCAUACAGCUGUUUUCUGGGUCCCUUGGUUUUGAAAGGCUUCGAUCGGCGAUCGCGUUUUGUACUGACACAUCACAGUCACUGUUCUACUGACUUUUCAUUUCCCGCCUCU